AAAAUAAAAGUAAAGAUCAUGAAUGAUCAUCUGGCAUUUUUUGUCAUAUUGCUGCUUUACACUUUGAUGCCGCUUUUGGAAGCCGCAGCUUUUGAGGAUGGCAACAACAACAAUGUGAAGAUCACCAAAGAGAGCCUCGAACUCACACAGACGAUCAACAUACAGCGACAGGAGCUGAUGCAGCGUCAGUGUGACCUUAUCGAUUCCAGUCAACAAUCCAUCGAGGAUCUCACGGAACUGCAAAUGGAUCAUAUGAUUGUGGAUAAGGAGCACAAGAUCUUAUACUGCUAUGUGCCCAAGGUGGCCUGCACGAACUGGAAGCGUGUUUUGAUGCUGCUGACGGGCAAAUGGCAGAAUGGCACCGAUCCACUCCAGAUUCCCGCCUCAUUGGCGCAUUCCGUGGGCAUGUUCACCAAGUUCUAUGACCUGACGGAGGAGGAACGCAAGCAGGUGCUCAGCGAGGAUUACACACGCUUCGUUCUGGUGCGACAUCCUUUCGAGCGAUUGCUCUCCGCGUAUCGGAAUAAGUUGGAGGGCGGUUCACCCAGUGCACGUUAUUUUCAGUCUAGGGUUGGCCGACAAAUUGUUAAGGAAUUGCGCCAAGGUGCCAGUAAUGAGUCACUGGAACAGGGCAACGAUGUGCAGUUCGGGGAGUUUAUAGAGUAUCUGCUGCGACCUGAACUAAGUCGAGUGAAUCAGACGGACUACAACGAGCACUGGGAGGUGAUAGCCAAGCUAUGCAAUCCCUGUGUCAUGAAAUACAACGUUGUGGGCAAAUAUGAUACCCUACUCGAUGACUCUGCCCUGGCGCUUUAUCUGUCCGGUACCAGGAACCUGACAUUCCCCACCGGACAUAAACCCUCAAGCACAAAGGCGAAUCUACGGAAAUACUUUGAUCCGCUGCCCAUUGGCGCCAUACGACGGCUCUAUGAGAUCUAUGAAGAGGACUUUCGAUUGUUCGAUUACGGCAUGGAGGAUGUUCUCGGCUUUGAAUUCGGCUGAUAUAAAAAUUAUAUAAAUUUCAAAGUAGAUGUUAUAACUCUGCAACUUCCAUGUCAAUAUCACUGUGAACAUGACGCUUUCCUUUGGAGAACUUUGUGAUUUUAGUUUAAUUAAAUUAAUGAAUUAAUUAUUAGUUAAUAAUCAAUACAGCUGCAUGCGAAUAUUAGUUUUUAAUAGCUUAAUUUCUGUCAAAAUAAACAGUUAUGUUAAUUUUAAGGAAAUAGUAUAUUUAAAGCUAGAAAUUUUCAUCAAUUAUUUAAAGUAUAAUGUUAAAUGUAGACUACAAGUUGUCAUGGUUUUAGAAUAAGCUCUUAGAACAAGUUAAAAAUAUUUUGAACUUGGAGCCAAUUUAAAAUGCAUUGAUUUAAUCUGUGUAAGGUAGUCUAUAUAUUAUAUUGAUAUUACAAUUAAUAUAUGUUUUAAAUAAGUGUUAUGAAAUGAAUUGUCUUUCAUUUAAAUCAAUACAAAUAUGUGAAACAAA